AUGGAGGCAGCGUCGGCUCCGAGCACGUCCACCUCGUUCCAGUUCUCCCUGGCGCACGCCGUGCUGACCAUCUCCAUCAACGUCGCCUUCCUCUGGCUCUCCGCCUUCAUCAAGUCGUCGUCGUCCUCCACCUCUGCGUCGCGCUCCUCCCCUCCGCACCGCGCCGCUGCACCGACCGAGGAGAGGGCUGGCGCGGCGGCGGCGGAGGUCGACCUGGACGCGGUUCUUGCCCUGAUGGGCGCGGCCGCGGAGGAGUCGGUGGGGUUCGAUGAGGCGGCCGCGCUGUUCGAGGAGGAGGAGGCGACCGUGGAGGAGGCCGCGGUCGCGUUUCGCGUCUUCGACCGCAACGGCGACGGGUUCAUCGACGCCGGCGAGCUCGGGAGCGUGCUCAGGUCGCUCGGGUUCGCCUCCGGCGCCGGCGCGGAGGACUGCCAGCGCAUGAUCAGCGCCUACGACGCGGACAAGGACGGCAGGAUCGACUUCCGCGAGUUCCUCAGCUUCAUGGAGAAGACAGUGACAGCCUAG